GUUCGGUCCGACGCGACAACUCGUCAUUGCGUAGACGCGACGCUCGUCUGCCUCUGAUGGCUCUGAGCAACAAGAGCAGGGUCUCAGAAGUCGUGGAUCUGACCUACUCCGAAUCUGACAGCGAUGAUGGUAGCGUUGGCCCCUCACAUAUUGCCGCCAUGACCGCAGCGGCUGCAGCGCGAAUUCCACCCACUGCAAGCUCGAGUAGACCAUCGGCGGUCCCGGCCUCUGGGCGCAUCGCUCCUACCUCGAAUGGCCACGCCAACACACAACACACGAAGCAAAGAACCUACGAUCGGUUAAAAGAAGUGGAGCACGACCUAAAGAGGAGGAAGCUAUCAGCAGCUACCCCACAACGUGGUGAGGGUCCAAGAACGCAGCUAUUGGCGCACGGCACCAAGAAACAAGAUGUCAGGCGUGGUGCGAGCACUGCUACACCAGCAAGGAGUACUCCAAAGACAUUUCACAACUCAAAUCUGGGUGUGAAACUCAGUACAAUGAAAGGGGUACCGUCAGUACAUUACAUGAACUCAGCGCUGAAGCCCUUGGGUACUUUUGCCUAUGACCACAUUCCUGCGCCAGCUGCUCGCCCAUUCCUUAUGAGCAAUACACCACAAAACGACACAGUUACAGGCGUUCCUAGUCCCAGUCCGAGUUCUCGCGCAAUGCCACGUAAGAGCGUCAUACCCAUAUUCGUCGAUUCAGAUACAGAGGAUGACAUGAUCGAGCAUGUUCAGCAGCCGUUACCUUGUGUGAAAGAGUCUACAGCUGCGGUACCAGUGCGUCAGUUACCACUAUCGUUUCGACCGCCAAGAGUUGCAGGUUCUGAUGAUGAAAGUGGUGGAGACAGUGUGAUCUCCGAUAUUCCACAACGACGGCCAGUAUCCCAGCAAGUAUCGACACGCGAAACAUCGAUACAACCAACAUCAUCACGACCGACUCCGACACCAGCUCCAGACCUGGACCACCGUCCGCCGCAGGUGGCCAGUGCUACUGAGAGAUUCGAUCAUCUGCUCAUCUUCCUGAAAGAGGUGAAAAAACUGAAAUGGACAGAUAUCACAAAAGAAUUCACGAAGGAUAUUCCGGGGCGGACGUACAGCCAACUACAGUCACGUUACUCGACAACAAUUAACAAGCGUGACCGUACGCAAGACCCACCAACACUGAGCCUCCCACCUAGAUUCGCAGCAGAAGCUACGAUUAACUGGAAAUCUGUGCAUGCAAAUACCGAAGGGCCUAGAGUACGCAACGAGGUUACUAACUUAAGCGCAAGCAGAGGGCCACGCGAUAUUACUGCGGAUAGGGCACGUCCUGUACAGCAGAUCAGGGAUGACGACUCUGGAACUGAUUCGGGGCGCCAAAGACAGAGGACGCGCCGUGCUCCUCCUGUGAACUACAAAUUACCAAAGUUAAAACCCGUAGGAAACGGAUUUGAAGAAGACGUCAAAGAGAAUGUCAGUCGGAGCCACAGUCCAAGCAUGGCAGCAUCCACGCGCUCAGCGUCGCCAACCGACAGGACUGUUGUAACACCGGGCGCAGGGCUUGCAACCUUUUUCAGGCCUUUAAGAGUGGACAUCCACGAGAACGCAAGACUUGGUUUGAGCGUGCAGAAAGGUUUACGAAAUGGCCGGCCAAAGAGUAUGCCGUACUUGUCUUCGGCCCAACGUUCUGCAAUGCGCAAUGAUUCCCAAGAGCAUAUAUGGGUCCAGCAAAGCACACAGGACUGGCAAGGCACUGUUUUGCACGUGGACUUCAGUUCAGCUGAGCUAGAAAUAGUAGAAAAGAUCGUUGCGGAUCUGAUCAGACCGUCGGGACGUCAGAUUCGACAUAAUACGUACCAGAGGCAUCUACGGGCAGCUCUCAGGAAUGCUUCGUCACCAAAGCUGCAAAUGCUAGCUUAUGAGAUAGGGCGACACCUUCGAGCUCGUGAUUCUCAGAGUAUAGCUGCUUUCCUUGAAGAUGCUGCUACAGGCAUGGUGUCGGAUAAACCGCGUGUACAGCGCCUCGCGCUCAUCAGGAAGAGCACGAGGCUGAGCAGUAUCCAGGAUAACCCUUCGGUAUCGUCCAUUGUUCGUAGCCGUGAGCUUGGUCUACGAGCAAAAAGAGGCUGGCAAACCGCGUCGACACCUUUGACGUAUCGAUUGAAGAACCAGCUAAUAGAUACCAUGGGACCCGAAUCCACCUGGACUGGAGCAUCGAGCGACAUCCACACUGUUGCCUGGUCUCCUAAUGGGCAAUAUUUCGCGGCAGGCGCCGUUGCGGUUACCGAUUCAGACUCUAUGCAGUACAAUCGACCGAACGUGCUUAUGUACGGUGAUACUGUGAAUGGUCACAUCCACGAGCUUGGAGAACAUUGUGAAGCGCGCCCCAGGACAGAAGCUGGUGCUAAUUCAACACAUGCUAUGUAUGUGUCGCAAGAUCCCAAGCUCUAUACGACCGUCAGUUCUGUGGCCUUCUCGCCAUCCGGAGACUUAAUGUACUCUGCUGGCUACGACAAGACUGUCUGCAUUUGGAGCGUGACAGGUGGCUCUAGACAGCCACAAAUGGCGCGCCAGCUACAGCACUGUGCACCUGUAGACGUUCUUGCAGUAAAUCCACGCUUCGACGGGAUUUUUGCCACUGCGACGAGAGGAACGGUCGAAAACUCGAUCAAGCUUGUCUUCUUUGACGAGGACACUGUCCAUGAAGAAAGUUGGGAACAUGAUGUCACAGAUUUUGCCUCUGCGAAGGCUUUGAGCCGUCCCGAUCUCAACAUGUCUGCGACCGCUCUCAAGUUUGAUCCAACUGGUACACUUCUGCUUGCAGGAUUUGGUGCCAACAUGCGCGAAGACAAUCAUAUGCACACGUCAGGUGACAUCUGUCUAUGGGAUGUGAACACUCAGGCGGCUCUAGUAGUCCAUGGCUCCAGCCGCAACGUCUUCGACGUGACCUUCAAUCCAACGCCGAGAUAUCAAGGACUCUUUGCUGUGGGAUGUGUUGCAAAUGGUCAUGUCAACAGAGGGACUCGCUCAGUGGUGCGCUUCUACUCUAGAUCUGUGCAGGUUUCGAAGGACGACGUCAAGUUUACAUGUCCGUUGGAGCUCGAGUGUAAGGCAUUUGACAUGAACGACAUUGUUUGGUGUCCCCACGACGAGAAACUAUUUGCAGCAGGGUGCACUGAUGGCCGUUCCUACGUCUGGGAUCUCCGCAGGCCAGACCAAGUACUCUACACCCUGAGUCAUGGGAGCUCGCUGAUGCCCUUGCAAGACGGCGUGCCUCACGAGCGAACAGAUACUGGAGUUCGCUUCCUCUCGUGGGGCCAGAACGCAAGGAGACUAUACUCAGGCUCAUCAGAUGGCGUCGUCAAGGUCUGGGACGUUGCUCAAUCCCAAGAAGAUGUCUUUGUGAAAGAUUUGAUCACGGUCAAAUCCGGGAUUAUGUCCGGCGCUUUCACUGAAGACUACAGUAAAUUGAUAAUUGGUGAAGUCAAUGGUACUGCGAAUCUACUCGAAGUCGGUAGAGAUGACAUCGCGCUGAAAGAUGCCGACAAGUUUACAUACCAGCCUUAUCUGGGCAGAGACGACGAGGAAGUUGCUACUGAUAAAAGCACUUAUACCUUACCUUCCAACACUGCUGCCGCAGAAGCACGCACCUGGCUCGACACGAAUCAACUACGACUGGCGCCGCUAAGCGGCCUUCCUAGACAACAAGUCAUUCAAGGAUUCAACUAUCAAGGACCAUUCGAUAGAGCCGAAGAUGCCCAGCUUCUCCGCAACCAAGCCGAUGUCUUCCAGCGCAGCAUGGCAAUGCCCCACGAUCCACAGUGUACUGUUCAAUCCUGCAAAGCCAGCCUUAACACCACUACCUUCGAAGAAACCGGUGACUCCGGGCGCAGCAACGACCGCAUUCCCGACGAACUCCGGCAACAAUGGCUGAACGAAGCCCCGCGCUCCAUACUCGGCAGAACGCACUGCACCCUUUGCUCCCGUCCCGCCAUCCCCUCACCAGAUGCAGGAGACAUCGCCCUCUGCGAGCGCUGCUCAUUCACCUGUUUCCGCUGUCAUGCCGCGAGCCCCCUCACCGCAUCCACAACGCUCAAAUGCGACGCCUGCGGCGGCGUCUGGGACAAAGGCGCCCUAGGAUAUGAGUGCAUACAGCAACCCCAGCGUCCCCUCGCGCUCGACGUGCCCCCGCUGAAACGGUUUGGCAAGGACGCGUACCUGGAUAGGCUGGAGGAUGUGGAUGCUGCGUUUGGCGACGAGGUGAAUGCACUCUCGGAUUACUAUUUUGGACUUGCGAUUGUCAGGGCUGUGAGCCCGCCACUGUAGCUACGCGGAGGCAGAGUUGUAACUGUAGGAUGCAAUAGCACGCGUUGGCGAACAGACAGCAGCAGACAGCAGCAGACAGCAGCAGACAGCAGCAGACAGCA